UCUGUAGAAACAGUAGCUGAGUUUCUGCUUAGUGCAAUGUUUUAAAAUACAUGUUUGUAUCAUUUCAGUUUACAGAUUUCAUUCUACUUGUUACAUGAAAACGGCUUCUGAAAGGAAAUGGCUUGGGUUUUACUUAUUUUAUUAUUAGUAGUAUUCAUUCUUGCAGUUUUAUUCCUUUUCAAAAUGGAUACUUUCCAGAAAAACAGCUCCCCAACCCUUCCACCUGGACCCAGGACUAUACCCAUUUUGGGAAAUCUGCACAUAAUGGAUUUCAAGAGGACUUAUAAGACAAUGAUAAAGUUGUCAAAAGAAUAUGGUCCCAUUUUCCGUCUUCAAAUGGGAUGCCAGGAAAUGGUGGUGCUGACUGGCUAUGAGAUGGUCAAAGAGGCUUUGGUGAACCAGGCAAAGGCAUUUGCAGAGAGGCCCAUUGUCCCCAUUUUUGAGGAUUAUACAAAGGGCUUUGGUGUUAUCUUUGCUCAUGGUGAGAACUGGAGACAGAUGCGGCAAUUUUCAAUAGCUACAUUGCGGGAUUAUGGGAUGGGUAAGAGGAUUGUUGAAGAUAAAAUCAGUGAAGAGUGCAGUGUCUUGAUAAAAACAUAUGAGGUUUAUGAAGGAAAACCAUUUGACCCAGCAAGAAUUUUGAAAGCUGCAGCUGCCAAUAUCAUAGUUUCUUUUUUACUUGGCAAGAGAUUUGAAUAUGAAGAUGCUACACUGCUAAGACUACUGGAAUUAAUUGAAGAAAGUUUACACCUUGUAGGAACCCCUUCGGUGUUGAUAUAUAAUGUGUUUCCCAAGUUGGGAUUCCUUUUGGAUGGUCCCAAAAAAAUAAUGAAAAACCGAAAAGAGUUCCAUGAGUUCAUACAGGCCACAUUCCUUGAAAAUCUCAAGGAGUUUGAUGAAAAUAAUCAGAGGACAUUUAUUGAUGCAUUUCUUGUUCGGCAGAAAAAGGAGAAUAAGAAGUCAACAAAUAGCUAUUUCCAUAAUGAUAAUCUUAUAGGUGUUGUGGAUAACCUAUUUAUUGCUGGCAUGGAUACAACUUCAAACACUUUGUACUGGACUUUACUCCUAAUGAUGAAGUAUCCAGAGGUUCAGAGGAAGGUCCAAGAAGAAAUCGCAAAAGAGAUUGGGGUUCGUCAGCCAAGGACAGAAGACCGAUUCAAAAUGCCUUACACCAAUGCUGUAAUUCACGAAGUUCAAAGGUUUGCUGAUAUUGUUCCAACCAAUUUGCCCCAUGCAACCACCAUGGACGUAACUAUCAAAGGCUUCUUCAUCCCCAAGGGCAUGUACAUCAUUCCAUUGCUGACCUCUGUGCUCCAUGAUGAAUCCCAGUGGGAGAAACCUCAUGAAUUCUAUCCUGAGCAUUUUCUUGACUCUGAAGGAAAAUUUGUGAAGAGGGAUGCAUUCAUGCCUUUCUCUGCAGUGCUGACACCCAUCCUCCAUGUUCCUGAUCUGGGGUCCACCAGGACUCGCAGGUGGCAGCCACGGCAUGGGGUUCAAAUGUCAUCAUUUGCUUCAUCAGCGGGUCAGCAUGGUCAGAUUCUCCUUGUCCUCAAGCUCUUCCAGCUCUGGUUGCCACUCCCAUCAUUGGCUACCAUGGCAGUCUCACACACCCAGAGAAUCUCCUCUCUCUGGAUGUUUUUUUCAACACAACAACAAAAGGAACAUGCUUCGUUUUGUCUUCUUGUCUCUCUGAAGUUAAGGAAAGUCCCAGAAUCAUCCCUCAAAUAUCCUCGGAUAACAGCAACAGCCUGCAAACAGUUUUAGAAGAUGAGCUUCCAGAACAACUGGUGGGCUGAAGCUGGGAGGGCUCGAAAUCAUGUCAUUGUUGGCUAAAAAAGCCAUUUUUGAAUUUAUUUUUCAAAUGAAUAAUAAGCCAUGACCUUCAUUUCUUAAACAAUUUAUGAGACUAUUACCUUUACAAGCUAAAAGAGGCUCUCCAUAGUUACAGAUUACUACUCUUUUUUGAAGCUUGGCAUGCCAUUUCUCAGACUUCUUCUCUACUAUUAAACCACAGGGAGAAGAUUGCUUCAGGUAGUCAAAAUAAGGAAACAUGGAACAUUCUUUCUUUUGAAAUAUAAGGAUAAAUUUGUGGAUUUAAUCUACUACUUUUAAAAUAAUUAGCUGCUCUUUAAUAUAUUGUUGUGGGUAGUUGAAAUCUGCUGAUUUUAAGG